CCAAAAUAUAAGCCUUAAAGCCCAACAGCUCAAAACCCUACAAAUGUUUAUUUAUAUACAACCACCUCAUCCCUCCUCCAACCUCUCUUCCAGCAGCUGCUGUAAACCCUAGACGGCGAGAAAGGUAAGGAGAAGGUAGGAUGGCGGUGCCGAUGCUGACAAAGAAGAUCGUGAAGAAGAGAGUCAAGAAGUUCAAGAGGCCAUGGAGUGACCGCCUCGUCACCGUCAAGCCAAACUGGCGUAGGCCAAAGGGUAUUGACUCCAGGGUUAGGAGGAAGUUCAAGGGUGUAACGCUGAUGCCUAACAUUGGUUAUGGCUCAGACAAGAAGACCCGUCACUAUCUUCCUAAUGGUUUCAAGAAGUUUGUGGUACACAACACCAAGGAUCUUGAAUUGUUGAUGAUGCACAACAGAAAGUACUGUGCAGAGAUUGCCCACAACAUAUCAACUAAAAAGAGGAAAGAGAUAGUGGAGAGAGCUGCCCAGCUAGAUAUUGUGGUUACCAACAAGCUUGCAAGGUUGCGUAGCCAGGAAGAUGAAUGAGUCUGGCUGAAGGAAGUUCAACAUUACAUUUAGUAGUGAACUUCCUGUUUUAGUUGUCUUGAUGCUUUUGAGAAGAUUCUAUUAUCAUGUUAAGUUUUGGCUGAUUCAGUUGAAAUACAAUGAUGGUCUUACUUUAAUUAAACAUCUUCAUUCCUGUCUA